CUUGGAGGUCCCACCUUCUCGCAACUGGAUGCGUGCGAGUACAACACCAUCUGAAAAGGUCCCAUCCCCCUCAAAACAAAACAAAUGUAAGUUUCAGUGUCGGGCGAAGCGCGUGAUUGGCGCGUGAAGCGUUGGAUUCCUUUCUUUUGUCCGCUCUGCAGACUGUACCCAACAAUGGACAACCCCCAACCCCGGAAUCUUCACUGUAUCCACUCUGUUUUUCUUCUUUUUUUUCAAUCCACAGUUAAAAACUAACCCAGUUAUUAUUUUAUAGUGCUGUAAAAAUCAAGAGACAAAGAAGGAAAGAAGCAGCUAUUAAAGAGAGUAGAUUUCAAUGGACGGGAAAGUAUAUCAUGAAGGACUCUUUGAAACAAAAAAACAGCUUCUUUUGCAGCUAGAGAGAGAAGGAAAACCAAAAAAAAAAAUUAUGGCCACUCUCUCUUAUUCCUCUUAUCUUCUUUUUGUUCUCCGUUAGUGAAAAAAGGUUAAAAAUCUUUUUUUGGGGUAAAUUUUUUUUUCUUUUGGGGGAGAAAUGGAGUUCGAGGAUCAAGAGGAGCAAGAAGAAGAGAUGGGUUUGACACCAAGUUAUGACUCGCUAUCAAACUCAUCUCGAGCUAAAAUGUCAGGUGUUGAACCGGGUUCAAUAACUCCAACCGGUCAGCAGCAGCAGAGGAAGCCCAGGUAUAGAGAGUGUUUGAAGAACCAUGCGGUGGGAAUCGGUGGUCACGCCGUCGACGGUUGCGGUGAGUUCUUGCCGGCUGGAGCUGAAGGAACCCUCAACGCUCUCAAAUGCGCAGCUUGUGCCUGUCACCGUAACUUCCACCGUAAGGAAACGGAACUGGGUUCCCCAAACUCGGUCCCCACGACGGACUUCUGCUUCCACAACCACCAUCACCAGCCACCGCAAUUCACACCUUACUUUAGAGCGCCAGCAGGGUACCUCCAAGUUGCAGGACAGCAAAGGCCAUUAGCUUUACCGUCGACAUCAGGAGGAGGAGGAGGACACAGCAGGGAAGAUCAAGAGGAUGUUUCGAAUCAAGGGAGUUCAAGGAAGAGGUUUAGAACAAAGUUUACGCAGGAGCAAAAGGAGAAGAUGUUGGGGUUGGCUGAGAGGUUAGGUUGGAGGAUUCAGAAACAUGAUGAAGCAGUUGUUCAACAGUUCUGCAGCGAAAAUGGGGUGAAAAGGCAUGUCUUGAAAGUUUGGAUGCAUAAUAACAAGCACACUCUUGCUCUUUUUUAAUGUGAAAAUGGGUUUAGAUAUUGGUGCAUUGAGGCAAAGUGGAGACAUGCACUGCAACGCAAGACGCCUGAAAAUAGAAGAGCUCUAACUGGUUUUGAGCAUGGGGAUUUUGAGCUUUCACGAGUAAGAACUUUUUUUGUUAACCGAGAUAACAAGCUGGAAGGAUCAAGAUGAUCAUUUUCCUUUGGAGACAUAAACAUUUGCUAUAAUCUUAGUUAAUUUGCUUUACGUGAGUCUUUCAGCAUUAAUUAUGAGUUAAUGGUCUUUUACUUCUUCUAAGCAAACUUUUGUUUGUGUUAGAAAUCCUCUGCUAUCUAACAUUGAUAUAUGUGCUUGAGAAAGUGAUGAGCGAAAGGAAGGGGAGAGAAGGGGAUUGAGCUUAAGUUUGAAGUAUUAUGGAUGGCAUUGAAUGAAUGAACUUUUCUUUUCUUUUUUCCUGCUUUUUUCAACAUUGAUCCUUUUUCCUCUCUAUUCAAUGUAGAUACUUUCCAACGCUUUUUGUUCGUGUAAUUUUUUUUCAUAACAUUUUGUGUUCCUUGUUGCACUUCUUCUUCAGUCUUCACUUCCUUUUGUGCAGUUUUUUUGUUUCUAAUUUUGAGGUAUGGGGUACAUUUUAGCUUUAAUGUUCAAACAAACAAAUGUUUAUGAUCAUGGGGCCUCCUUUCUGUUACCAAUUGCAAGCCUGAUUUUGUUUUUCCUGGUGAUGCAUUUACUUUUUCAGUCUUUGAGUACAGAAACUGAUCUUCGAUUUUUUUUUUCCUUUUAAUGAAAAUUAACAUUUGCUCUUUCAUGAGUACUUAUUGCAGUAGUGUAAAUUAUUGAGGCUUUUUGAAACUUUAUAUAAUAAUAUAUUUAUCGUAGACCUUUGAGAACCUAGCCAGACGUUCAUGGAUGGAUCACCUUGGGAAGGAAACAACUGAUCGAGGUAAAAGCAUCACCUACAUUAAUAUUUUCUACCAUGCAAAACUCAAAUCCAGGUGUGGGUUAUAAGUCCAUGUUCGAGAAAGCCGAUAGAUCCAAAGCUUGGUCUUUUAAUUCCAUUUCCUUCUUUCUUUGUUUCUUCGUUUUUUUAAUCCUUCCAAAGGAAAAAUGUGGGACUCUCCCAGCAGCAAGGGAAAAAAAAAAAAAAACAUCCCAAAGGCCAAUGGACUCAGGUUUUUGUCUGCAACUCUCCUCAAUUAAAACCAUCACUCGAAUAUUUCAGCCUUCUUGGUGGCUAAAUUCCCUUAAGACCCCUAAAAACAUUUCUCUUCUUUGUCUCUUCUCAAUUCCCUAGUAACCUUAAUUAAAUUUCAAUGCCCUACACAUCCAAAAGAUGAUAUGUAUAUUCAUAAGAUAGGUCUUGUCUACAUUUUCUGGUUGGUUGAUGGGAUAUAUGUUGGGAUGUAUGAGAAGUAAGUGAACUUCCAUGUCUUAGGUUUAACAUUUGUGACUUAAGAGAUGAUCAUACAGAUGUUCGAAAUUUACUGGCAAGAAUUUCAUUGUGUCGUUAAAAAAAAAAAAACUAUGUAACAUGUCCUAAUAUUAAUCAAGAGACUGUUUAUUGGGGAGUAAUCAAUACUAAUAGUGAGCUGUAAAGUCAGAGUUCAACUACAUUGCAGGUAAAAGAGGGACCUGAUUCCUUGUAUAAGGUAAGAUUUUCAGAUGGGGGGUGUGCUUAUUUCUGAGCUCUUUUGCUACUACUACUACUACUAUAAAUAGGCUUCAUGUUUCAAGUUCGCUAGCAAGAUGUAUGCUUUUGUUAUAAACUGAUAAUUUGCUUGCUCUAGCGUCCAAAUAAGCUUACCGACAAGAUAUGCUCUUUUUUGGGUACUUUGCUUGAUUUGGGAAAUUAAACCACAGUAUCAGUUAAAGCAGCAUAAGGAAAUGCAUGUUAUAAUUGCAUCAGAUAGUGAUUGAUCAUCUUCUCUUCCUACCUGUAUUACUCUAUAUAGCACAUUGUCUUUAUUCUUGCUUUGGCUUGUUGAAUUGAAGCUAGAGUUGAGAGUUCUAGAGUUUAAAAGCAAACUGAAAACCGCAAAUUACCCAGUUUUUUAGGUUUUGGGCUGCUUAUUUCCACAGUACUGAAUCUGAGGUUUCAGUUUUCUUGUUUAUCUAUAUUUCCCUCAUAUAUAUCCAAAAGUCUCCUGUCUCCACCUCCAUUUGAUUUGACAUAGCUUUUUCCUAUGUUGUUGUCUAACAACAAAUUGUACAUUUCAAUUCAGAGAAUUUUAAUUUUAACUAAUUUUGUAGCCAUUACUCAAUUCCUGUUGUUAGAUCAUCCUAUGCUUAAGCAUGAUGAAUAAUUAUCAAAGGGUUAAUUCAUCAGAGAGUUAUUGUUUUAAUUAUACAAUUAAUCCUCUUAAUUGAUGAUCAACUAACACGCACUAUAUAUGCAUUAAAACUAGAAGUAAUUCUUUUCUGUUUAAACAUUAAUCUGGAAAACUUUCAGGACUUGAUUUCCCUGUAUUCAAACCUUUGUAGCUUACACUACAUGGUAUUGCUUUUUGAGCAAACCUGACACAGUGGUGGCAUUUCUUUUACAAAGUAAAUCAUAAAUCUGAAGAUAGGAAAAAAGGGUUUGUAUGUUAGUAUUUGAAUCUUAGAUUUAUUAGAUACUACAUUCUAAAGAUGACUGUAAACCUAUUAGAUAUUAGAUUUUAAGAAUAAUUAUAUUAAUCAUCAGAGUUAAACUUCGAAAUUCAUUAGUUAAACUUCAAAAUCCAUGUACGUCGCAUACAAGUAGGCUGAUAAAUGAUAUAUAGUUGAUAUUUUGCCGGAAACACAUAUAUAUAUAUAUAUUAUUACCUUCAGGGGAAAAACUCUUUAAAAUGAUGGGCUGAUCCUUAUAUCGGAACAGAUAAAAAUGAUAAUCAGAGAAAAGUUGAAUUUUUUUUUUACUUU